ACGUUCACACUCAGCAGCAAUGAGCGAGGAACUGAGCGUGAUGGAGGACUCCCAAAACCUUUCCUUGUUCUAUGAAUGUGGCAUAUACUUCUUCGAGGAUUCAAACGCCGUUUUCAUGGAUCCCGUCCGCGUCCUCAACCGUUCCUACAAUCGCUUCAGGGAAGCGAGGCCUUUGUUGUUGGAGGCACAGGAGCGUUUGGUAAAAUCAAAUGAACUUUUGGAUGCUUUGAGCACUUUCAGAAGUGAUUCUCGCGGCACGGUGAGGGAGUGUGAGGGUUCCCAACACUCUUUUGUUCAACUGGGACGUGAAGCGCCCUUACUUGAGGUAACGCUAAAUUCACGUGUCUGUCACCCUGACGCUGACCCUCACCACCCUCCAAACGACUUUGAAGAGUCGCCAAGUGUGUGCUGUGAACAGAGGGUACUCCCUGCAUUCAAUAAUUUGGUAGCUAAUGACACCAAAGAUGAUGUUGUGGCUGAAAUUUUGAACAAUCAUUAUAUAAUACCUCGAGAGAGUUGCUUUUACAUGUCUGAUCUGAGACAGAUUCGCAAUCUACUUCCUGCUCAUGCUGAUUCUGGUUUCAAUCUCAUAAUUGUGGAUCCACCUUGGGAAAAUGCUAGCGCCCACCAGAAAUCCAGGUACCCAACCUUGCCCAACAGGUACUUUUUAUCCCUUCCUAUUAAGCAGCUUACUCACACUGAAGGAGCACUUGUAGCCUUAUGGGUGACCAACAGAGAGAAGCUACGUAGUUUUGUUGAGAGAGAACUUUUUCCUGCCUGGGGAGUCAGCUUUGCUGCUAAUUUUUAUUGGUUAAAGGUGAAAGAAAAUGGAUCCUUGAUUUGUGAUUUAGAUCUAUUCCAUCAUAGGCCAUAUGAAUGUCUUAUCUUGGGAUACAGUCCUGGGAAGGUAAGUAAUACCAAUGUCCAACCAAAAUUUAAGCCUGUGAAGAAUGAUCGUGUCAUUAUGAGCAUUCCUGCGGAUUACUCAAGGAAGCCCCCAAUUGCAGAUUUAUUGCUGGAGUACAUUCCUGGGCUCAAACCUCCCCGAUGUAUAGAGCUAUUUGCUAGAGAAAUUAUGGCUGGAUGGGUUGCUUGGGGAAAUGAACCCCUUUGCUUUCAAGAUUCUAGAUAUUUUGUCAAAGUGAUGGAUAAAUGAAUUCUGAGAAAAGAGAUCCCGUCCUUGCUGAUAAUAUUAAUCUGUGGUCAUGUCUGAAUCAUCUGCAGCAUCUAUUUUGUGCGUCCCUUGCUCUAUAAAACUCGACUCAAGAGUUUUAGAACCAAGUGCGAUGCUUCUUGAUUCUUGAGUGCAAAAAUGAAAUAAAAUGGAGAAGGGGAUAUGAUGGUCAUGGUUUGGUGAAGCAUGCCCAAGAGAAGAGGAAAAUUGAAUUCUGUGACGAGUAAAGGAGUACUUGGAUGGAUUUAUGAAAAUAGUUUAUAAUUCUUAUAAUUUUUAAACUUAAUAUUUUUCAAUAUAGUUUAUCAAAAUAAUAUUUUUUUUAUUUUAAAUUAGUUUUACCGUUAAAUUUAUGACAUAAGUAUUUUUGUGAUAAAACUUCAGUAAACAAGUGUUUAAUUAAGUUAAUUUUUAAAUUCACCUUUAAUGGGUUAUAUUUUGCCAUCAAACUCAACUACCGUUGUAAAAUUUAAUUAACCAAAGUAAAAGUAUUGAUAAAAUAUUUAGGUGACGUCUUUUAUAUAUAGUAUAGGUUAAAUUAAUAUUUUUGUCUUCAAACUUGAAAGUAAGUUCUGAUUUUGUCUUUUUUUUUUUUUUUUUAGUUCUUUAAUUUAUAAAGAUAUUUGAAUAAGUUAUUUUGUCAUUUUUAUUAUAUGUAUUGUGUGAUUAUUGUUUGUCGUUUUCUUCAACUUCUUUUGCUUUCUUCUCCUCCUCAUGUUCAUCUUUUUAUCUAUUUUCUUUUUCUCUCUUCUCCUUUCUUUUCUUUUUUGUAUUCAAACCCCUCACAUUGGUAGGCUGUCGAGCAAUGUUUGUG